GCGCUGGAUCAGCAUUGUCAAAAAUCAAGUCUCCAUCGCUGAUCGCGAAAUCCCUCUCGAUAGAGUUAUUUUUCAACUGGUUUUCCGGCAUUCCUUCACGGGAUGAUCUAGAAUUUCUGACUAUACUAUAAGAUUGCAAUCGAUUCAAACAUCCGGUCUCCUCACUGCCCAUAGUUCAUUCGCACAGCGUCCAUAGCUUCCCAAUCCAACUCACAAGAUGUUAUUAUCGCUAUCAAUAGUACUUCUGUCUCUGCUGAAGCAGGGUUUUGCUUUUCACAUUUUUGAAACUCGAACCAAUCGCGCAAGUCCGCUGAGCACGCAGGCAACCGACAAUCUCCUGAGAUCACAAGUUUUGAGUGACUUCAUACCGACUACCCUGGAUUUGGGACCUACCAUUGCUUCUGGUAGAAAACGAAUUCCAGACGAUGACCACCCGUUCCAGUCUCCUGGCCCAACUGACAUCAGAGGUGGUUGUCCGGGCCUCAACAUCAUGGCAAAUUACGGUUAUAUCUCUAGAAACGGUAUCACCAAUGUGAGUGAAUUGAUGUACGGGAUGCAAGAGAUGUUGGGGUUCGGGCCAGAUAUUUCAGCGGUCAUCGUGGCGCUUGGAGUGAAAGCCUCCUUCGAUCUCACAUCACUCAAAACUUCCAUUGGGCAAACAGACUCGAGGACCGAUGGGCCUAACUCAGCACUUUUUGGCACGGCUCCCGGUUUCUUUUCGAAAGCUUCUCAUAACAAGUUCGAAGUGGAUGGAUCUCUUUCCCGCGUGGAUGGGUAUUUCGCAAAGGGAAAUACCGAUCGAUUUGACAGCGAUCAUUGGAAGAAAUAUAGAAAGCUUGCUGUCGAUAAGUUUGGCGGCUUGACAAGUAUUGAUUUUGAUGGAGCUGCCCGAUUUGAGCAGUAUAAAGAGUGCCGCGAAAAGAAUCCCCAAUGUCAAUGGGCUGUCGGUGAACAAUUUCCACUCUAUAUAGCCCAAGCUUUUGUUGGAGACACGAUGACUUCGGCCGACGCCAACGGAAACCUAUUACCUCCUGAUGUCAAGUCUAUCCAAACAUUCUUUGGUAUCAUUGAAAAUUCGGAUGGAACCUUUUCACGAGGUGAUAACAAAUUGCCACCUGGUCCAGAUGGAUUUUGGUAUCGUCGUACAGUGCCACUUAGUUUACCCCAACAGGCGGCCACCCUGAACAAAACCUAUCUGGCGUAUCCCGUUGAGUUUGGAAGGAACAAUGGAACCCUUGGCAGUUGGAAUUCAGACUCAGUCGAUCUUCGAAACAUAGAGCAAAUUGGAGCAGCCUGUUACCUACUCCAACAAAUACGCAAUCCCCAGUACUCAAGAUACACAGAUGCUGCAACUAUCAAUAAAUUGGGUAUCCUUCUUAACAACACACUUCAACCCGCAUUUCAACAACUUGGCUGUGAAUGACCUAAUCGUGUUCUACCCAAGCCUCGUAUCAAUGUACUCUCUAUCUUAUCAUUCAGCGUUUACAUUUGUGCAUCAUCUAUGGAGUUGAGGACUCCAGUUCGUUUUCCUGUGUGCAUUACAUCUCUUUCAAAUCUCCUUGUUAUAUUUGUACAACAUUCUUCCAGCGGUGUGUCUUCCGUGUCUUCAUUGAGCCCUCUUUAUCUGAGCUGUGUUUCUAUUGAAACCCAUCAGGCUUAUCAGCUGUCUGACCAGUACUUUGAUAUCCUCAGGCUUAUUGUGACGUUACUAUAUGCAUACAGAUAAUGGACUGUUGAUGCUUCCUCUUGAAUCUUUCUAUAUUGCCUAUGUUUUCAUCUGCUUUUACCAAAAGUGCUUUGUCGGCUUCAAAAUAAUUUUCUUCGUUUGAUU